AUUGAUCCUGUUCUUGGCACUGUUGGCUUCGGUUCUGGUCUCCACGGUUGGGCCUUCACCCUUAAGCAGUUUGCAGAGAUGUACGUGGCCAAGUUUGCUGCCAAGGGCGAGGGCCAGCUGGGGCCUGCUGAGCGGGCCAAGAAAGUAGAGGAUAUGAUGAAGAAGCUGUGGGGCGACCGGUAUUUUGAUCCAGCCAACGGCAAAUUCAGCAAGUCCGCCAAUAGUCCCGAUGGCAAGAAGCUGCCGCGGACAUUCUGCCAGCUUAUUCUGGACCCCAUCUUCAAGGUGUUUGAUGCAAUCAUGACUUUCAAGAAAGAGGAGACAGCAAAACUGAUUGAAAAACUGGACAUCAAGUUGGACAGUGAAGAUAAGGACAAGGAAGGCAAACCGCUUCUGAAGGNAAGCAACGUGAACUUCACAGUAGACCAGAUCCGGGCCAUCAUGGACAAGAAGGCCAACAUCCGGAACAUGUCUGUCAUCGCCCAUGUGGACCAUGGCAAGUCCACGCUGACAGACUCCCUGGUGUGUAAGGCUGGUAUCAUCGCCUCCGCUCGAGCUGGAGAGACCCGCUUUACUGACACUCGGAAGGAUGAGCAGGAGCGUUGCAUCACCAUCAAAUCAACGGCCAUCUCCCUCUUCUACGAGCUCUCGGAGAAUGACUUGAACUUCAUCAAGCAAAGCAAGGAUGGCUCUGGUUUCCUUAUCAACCUCAUUGACUCCCCUGGGCACGUAGACUUCUCCUCAGAGGUGACAGCUGCCCUCCGUGUCACCGAUGGUGCCUUGGUGUGCAUCAUUGAGGAGUCGGGGGAGCACAUCAUUGCUGGGGCCGGUGAGCUGCACCUGGAGAUCUGCCUGAAGGACCUGGAGGAGGACCACGCCUGCAUUCCCAUCAAGAAAUCUGAUCCAGUCGUCUCCUACCGAGAGACAGUCAGCGAGGAGUCAAACGUGCUCUGCUUGUCCAAGUCCCCUAACAAGCACAACCGGCUGUACAUGAAGGCGCGGCCCUUCCCCGAUGGCCUGGCUGAGGACAUCGACAAAGGCGAGGUGUCCGCCCGCCAGGAGCUCAAGCAGCGGGCCCGCUACCUGGCUGAGAAGUACGAGUGGGACGUGGCUGAGGCCCGCAAGAUCUGGUGCUUUGGGCCCGACGGCACUGGGCCCAACAUCCUCACCGAUAUCACCAAGGGUGUUCAGUACCUCAAUGAGAUCAAGGACAGUGUGGUGGCUGGCUUCCAGUGGGCCACUAAAGAGGGGGCACUGUGUGAGGAGAACAUGCGGGCUGUACGCUUUGAUGUCCACGAUGUAACGCUGCAUGCUGACGCCAUCCACCGCGGAGGUGGCCAGAUCAUCCCCACAGCCCGGCGCUGCCUCUACGCCAGCGUGCUGACUGCUCAGCCCCGGCUUAUGGAGCCUAUCUACCUUGUGGAGAUCCAGUGUCCAGAACAAGUGGUUGGUGGUAUCUACGGUGUCCUGAACAGGAAGCGGGGCCACGUCUUUGAGGAGUCCCAGGUGGCCGGCACCCCCAUGUUUGUCGUGAAGGCCUACCUGCCUGUCAAUGAGUCCUUUGGCUUCACCGCUGACCUGAGGUCCAACACAGGCGGCCAGGCCUUCCCACAGUGUGUGUUUGACCACUGGCAGAUCCUUCCUGGAGACCCCUUCGACAACACCAGCCGCCCUAGCCAGGUGGUGGCCGAGACGCGCAAGCGCAAAGGCCUGAAGGAGGGCAUCCCUGCCCUGGACAACUUCCUGGACAAAUUGUAGACUGCCCUUCCUACAGCCUGCCACCCGGGCACAGCCCCUUGCCAGCCCAUGAUUGACCACAACAGCAAGCCCUCACAUUCUCAUGACACCUCGAGACUGUCCAGACCUAGUGCCGUGCGCCCAGCAGAUUCUAGGGCCACUCUGUGCCAUCGCUCAACAUGAACACUUGAUGCUGUUUCUUUCGAUAUUUAUUUCAAGAUUUCAGAGGCAACAGAAAUGCCCUAACCGCAGGGACUUAUUUGGCUGGUGGGGAGACGGGAUGGGAAACCCAACACUUUUUUUUUCCAUUUCAGAGGGAAACUCGUCUAAAAAAAUUUUGAAUAAAUGCAUUAAGAGGUUUAUUUGGGUAAAUGGCCCCUAGUGGAUUUUCCCCCAGAAAGGGGGAAGGAACAAGCAGUAGACAUUUCUCUUUGGACAGAAGCUAGGAGGCAGAAAAUAUUGUGCAAUGUCACCAUGAGCACCUCUAGCUGUAUUAGUGUCAUUGGAAUAAUAAAUUUGAUUAUGGUGGUGA